GAGGCUCGGCCCUGCAUCGGAAAGACGAGCCCUGGGACCCGGGCGGACGAGGAGCCGAGCCCCAGCUGCCCGCCGCGUGGUCCCCGCUGUUCUGGAACCAAGCGAUUGGACGCCCGUACCUGGUCUGUAAGCGGAAGCUGGAGAGUAAGAAGGAAGCCCUGCUGAUCCUGUCCAAGGAGCUGGACACCUGCCAGCAGGAAAGGGACCAGUACAAACUCAUGGCCAACCAGCUUCGCGAGCGCCACCAGGCCCUGAAGAAGAAGUACCGGGAGCUGAUCGAUGGAGAUCCUUCACUUCCUCCUGAAAAGAGGAAACAGGCUAACCUUGCGCAACUCUUGAGAGAUUCUCAGGACCGAAAUAAGCAAAUGGGAGAAGAAAUCAAAGAGCUUCAGCAAAGGCUUGGAGAAGUCCAGGGUGAUAAUAAGCUCCUGAGGAUGACCAUCGCCAAGCAGAGACUUGGGGACGAAGACAUUGGUGUGCGCCACUUUGCAGCCCAUGAGCGCGAGGGCUUGGUUCACGUGCUCCAGCGGGUCAGGGUUCAGAUCGAGUCUUUGGAGCACGACUUGCAGGCCUCUGUGGAUGAGCUUCAGGAUGUUAAGGAAGAGGGGUCUUCCUACCAGGACAAAGUGGAGAGGCUGAACCAGGAGCUCAACCAUAUCCUGGGUGGGCACGAGAACCGGAUCAUCGACGUGGACGCCCUGUGUAUGGAGAACAGGUACCUGCAGGAGAGACUGAAGCAGCUCCAGGAAGAGGUCAACCUCUUGAAGUCGAACAUCGCCAAAUACAAGAACGCGCUCGAGAGACGGAAAAACUCAAAGGGCCAGGGUAAAUCCAACAGCAGUGCUCUGACGGGAGUCCUGUCUGCAAAGCAAGUUCAGGACCUGCUAUCUGAAGAGCACGGAUGCAGCCUCCCGGCCACCCCGCAGUCUAUCUCUGACCUUAAGUCUCUGGCCACAGCCCUGCUGGAGACGAUCCACGAGAAGAGCAUGGUCAUCCAGCACCAGCGGCAAACCAACAAGAUCCUAGGGAAUCGAGUGGCCGAGCUGGAGAAAAAGUUAAGGACGCUGGAAGUUUCUGGUUUGUGGAGUCUUCCAGGCCUGAGCUACAAUGUCUCAGUAGGAUUUGGGAGGGGCAAGGACACCAUCCUGUUCGGAGACCCCACUCUUCCCGCCAUACAGCGGUCGAGAUCCCCGCUACUGAAGUUCAUGGAGCAGUCCAGCGAGAACAAGGAGAACCCCGCGGACGGGGAGGUUCAGAAGCACGAAGGAGAUGAAAGCCGCGCGGCCGCCCUGGCGCUGACAGCACCUGAGGAUGCUGGGAGGCCCGCUGUCAGCUCCCCAGCAAACCAGAGCCCCGGGAGCCAGCGCAAGCACUUUCAUCCUUCCCUGCCCCAGUUACCUUCUGAGGGAGAAGAAGUAAACAGGCUUGAACGGGAAAUAAUUAAACUGACAAAGAAACAGGCGGAGGCAGACCUGCAAGGAGUCAGAAGGGGGGGAGCCUUGGAGGGACAGAGGAGCGAGACGGGGCCAUCCCUGCCAGGCCAGGCCUCCGCGGGGGAGCUGCCCCGAUCACGCCUGGGCUCCUGUGAGUCCCAGCCAGCGGCCCAAGCUCCCCCGCUGGAAGAUGGCAAAGGGAUCCCAGAGGAGGGCAGCCCCAAGCACCGCGACAACAUGGGAGGAGGAGGGAUCCGACAGGACGGCACGUCGGAAGCACCAGGAAUGGCAGAGAACGAAGCCACAGAUCCGUGUGCCCAAGUCGCUUUCUCCUGAAACACCUCCGCGUCUGCAAGUGAGAAAGCGCCCUGCCUGCUGCGGACGGUGGGCAUCGCUGCUGCCAGGACAGUUUGAUUUAUUAAACGCGGGCCCUCAAGCUUCUCAGUGUCGUCUCUUCCUGCCCAAGACGCGCUGCUGUGAAUGGAAGGUGGCCAGGCGCGGGGCGAGGAUGCACCAUAUGGCUGGUCUCCGCAUUCGUCUUUCUGUCGCAUUUGUUUCAUUAGAGAUGUUUGUCGUAGCGUUUAACGUGUCAACGGCAAUUAUGGGGAGAGCCAGCGACCGGGGGUCUUCACCAGGGCCCCAUCGUGGCGAUGGUGGAGAGAAAGGUGUAACUGAGCGUGUGGUCCGAGGGCCCCCUGUAUGCUUCCACCCGGCAGGGCCAGCAGGACCUCCGGCCUGGGUGUCCCUGACAUGCUGCCGGCACUUGGCAUGCGUGUCGCUGUGCUGACUGGCAGGUGCACAGGGGCUUCGGCAGGCUGAGAAUGCUGGGCUUCGGCUUUGAAAGUCUCGCCCUGGUGAGGCCCAUUUGCUGACUGCGAGAGCUGACUUCUCAGCCUGCAAAUCUGGACCAUCAACUGAUCUGGUGAUGGGAGGAGGGAAGUCGGGGAAGGGAGCCCCCUACGGUGUUCUGAUCUUUUUGUUGUUGUUUUGUUUCUGAAAUGAAAUGAGCGAGUGCGCAUGGAAAUGCCGGUUCAUCCCAUUCAGCCUGCACUGCUUACAGGGUCUGAGGGCCACGUCCGGUGUGGGAGGGAUCUGGGAUCUGGUGGCCUUGACCAGUCUCCUUCCUGAGCCACCUGAGACCUAGGCCCUUCCCUCUGCUUAAGGCUGCCUCGUCUGUGCCACCGGCACUGGGGCUGCAAAGACAAGCUGCAGAGCUCCCGGCUGGGGGGGUAAGCAGGGAAGCAGAAGCCCCUCAUUACAGAUGGUGGGAGCCAGGGCCAGGGUCCAAAGGUGCGAAAGGAGGGGGUGCCCAUCCUUCCUGGGAUAAGAGAAGCUUCCCUUGGUGGCAUCUGGCCUGUCACAGAGUGGACAGUGCUCAAACCAACAACCUUUCCUUAAACUGAACGCAGUUUACUUCCCCACAGAAGUGCAAAACCCAGGUCCCAAACCUCAACGCUUUUGAGAACCAGAACCGCCCCUUUGAGGGGCACCCCUGCAGGAAAAAGAGGCUCCCGAGGUGGGGGAGGUUGAGAAUGCAUCCUAAAAAGCCGAUGUGCACCUGCAGACGCCUGAUUCUAGGGUCACGUGAGCCUGCAUGUGGGGAACCACGACGCAAAGACACCCCCUUACCACCACACCACCACCAGGCUGCCUUCCUGGCUCACUGCUGGCGGGCUGGGAGGCCGGUCUGAUUUUGUGCAGCUCAUGAAGAAGGAAGGCAAAGUGCAGACCAGGAGGCCGUGCUGGGUCGGAGGCCCAGGGAGGUCCUCCAGCUCUGUUCUUGCCGCCAGCAGGGUCCCCGUCUAUAGGAACGGACGUGCUGGAGCCCGCGCGCUGCUCCAGCCCGCAGCCCAGAGCUCCAUCCCUCCCUCGGGUCAGCCCACCCCCACGCCCCUGGCCCACCUCCCAGCUGCCCCUGGGGGAGGUAGCUUCUGCAGCUCCAGAGCCUGCACAGGCCGACAGUCACGGAAACCACCUUGCCGCUGCAUGCGGCCUGAGCCGUCUGCACAUGCGCAGCACAACCGCGCUCGCCACCAAGGGAGCUAAAUACCGCGGUAAUAAAAGAGGGCUCGUCUGCAGCAGCCCUGGUUCGACGCAGGCAGCCAGGGCACACCUUCAGGGCCAUCUGUCACCAGGAAAGCAGGUCGUAUAACCAACCGGAGUGUUCCCGUAGGGUCAGGAAAAUGACCAUGCGUCCCCGAGAGCCCGGGGUUCAGGGCAGGUGGCUGGGUCACCCAGAGCCAUAACCCACCCUGUGUCCGCAGGCAGCCCGGGAGGGGCCGCGUUCUUAGAUGGACUGGGAGCCCAUCAGUGUAACCAUGACAACCCAAACACAUGUAAGACCCUGCCCCACCUCUGCUGUCCCCACCCUACUUGGUUCUUCUGUUCCACGGACAUUAAAGGGUUUGAGCAAUUAUUUACAGUUGUUCGUCCUUCGAAGAGUCACUGUGAAAGCAUGCAGCUUUCUCUCCUGUCCCACUAGAUAAGAUAAUCCACAGCAGUCACACACUUGGAGCUCCCAGUCCCGUUUACAGACACUUAACCACAGGGUUAAGUGAUGAAUUCGAUUGUGUAACAAGGACAUGAGAAACAGGGAAUUCCAGGGCUGGUUUGUUCAAGAAAGUCAUCAAGGAGCUAGGUUUCCAUCUUCCUGCUCUGCCUGGCCAGUGUCAUCUGCAUCCUCAUGAUAAUAAGAUGGCUGCAGCAGCUCCGGGCAUCACCUGUCCUUACAUAUCUGUGUCCAAACACAGAAGCAUUUCUCCCUGA